GCGGCUCGGGGGCAGCCAUGGCCAUGGGAAGGGCGGGCGCGGCGCGGCCCUGCAAGCAGGCGCUGUCUUCUGGAAGGCUGACGGGAGCAGCAAAGCAAAGCAAUGGAAGGAAACAGCCUGGCUUAAGAAAAGGAUGUCGUUCUGAUGUGGAGGAUGCAUACUGUCUCUAUUCCACUGAUUCUGACGAUCAGGUUAAUACUAUUCAUAAUGGACUUGACCGCUGUGCAGCUUUACUGAAGAAUAUCCUAGAAAAUGAAGCUACAGGGAAGGAGACUAUCCAUAAACAACCAGGGAAAACAACAACUGUUAAAAUUACUUCCAAACCUUUGCUAACCAAAGCAAAUACUCUGAAGAAGAAAGGAUUGAAGAAAAGCAUUACUGCUCCCCACAUCCGAAAAGAAAUUGUGCCAAUAUCAGCUAAGAAACUUCUUUCAUCUACAACACCAUCUACUGAGAAAGAGCUUCCCAGUGCAGCACAGCACCAGCUGAUUCGACCAACUCAUGUGCCUUGCAGCCAGCAGUCUCCUGUCAUACGUGAGAAAUUGUGUGAGCAUGUGCCAACCCAGAUGGCUCUGAUAACUGGCCAGCCAUCACAGAGCAAUAAUGAAAUUCCUACUGUGACUUCGUUUCCUACCUCAGAUCAUGCAGAUCUGUCCCUGCAGCAUGCAGCUCAUCCCUUAUCUACUCAGGCCGGUGUUUCUAUAGAUAGUGGCAAUGAGUGUGUGCCACAGAUGGGAGAAACUGUGGUUUUCCCCAUGGUUUCUGCUGCUCCCACUCCUGCAAAAAUACAGGCUGCCAAUUCUCUUCCUGGUGUGAUGUGUUAUGUAGCAUCAGGUGCAUCAAGUAACUCUGCAGUGCCUACAUUCACCCCGUUGUCUUCUGGCAGAGAGAUGACCUCAAGGCAGGAGCAACAGAGUAAAGAAGCAGACUUGAUAAGGUGCAUAAAAGCUCACCUGGCCCUGUUACAAAAGCAUGAAAUGGCAAAUGGCAGGACUGAACAGAAGCUCUGUCAUUGUCUGACAGCAUGUAACGUCUCAAGUAACGAUGAGGAUGCUUCUGAAGAACACAGUGAGGACGUGGUCAGCGAAGGUGAAUUGAAUGUGCUUGAUGUGGCCUCAGCAAGAGAUGCAAACAGCCAGCAAAGCUGUGUAAAGAAAGGUCUCAAACCUAGACAAGAAAGUGCAGAUAAAGCAGCCCAUAAAGUAAAGAUGGUAAAAUAUCUUUUGGGAGAGCUCCGAGCACUGAUAACAGACCAAGAUGAUUCAGAAAUGUUAAGGUUGAUGAAUGAAAUAGAAGACUGCAUAUCAUUGCUGCCAGCUGUAGUGGGAAGUACAAACAUACAGACUGAGAUAGCUCUAGCUUUACAGCCUCUCAGAAGUGAAAACGCCCAGCUGCGUAGGAAACUAAGAAUUUUAAAUCAGCAACUCAGGGAACAAGAGAGGAAUGAGAAGACAUCUGGACAGAGCUGCAACUAUGAAUUGGCUUCUUUGCAAUCCUUGAAUGUGAUGCUCCACACUCAACUGAAAGAAUCACUGAAAGGCCUUGAGUCACUGCAGGCUAAAAAUGAAGAGCUACUGAAAAUAAUAGAAAGUCAAAAGGAAGAAAAUAAGCAUCUUGCAAAAGAUAUUCAGGAGAAGGAAAAGGAAUUGCUUGAAAACAAACAGCAAUAUGAUAUUCAUUCCACCAAGGUCAAGAUUGAAAUGGAGGAAGCAUUAGCAAAUGUGAAGAGCCUUCAGUUUAAGCUGGAAGCUUCUGAAAAGGAAAAUAAGAUUUUGGGCAUAACGUUACGUCAGUGUGAUGCAGAAGUUAAUCGACUGCGUGAGUUAACCAGAACCUUGCAGGGCAGUAUGGCCAAGCUUCUGUCAGACCUCACAGCAGACAACAGUAGACCCACAUCUGAAAAAGGUCUCUCGAAGUCUCUCUUGAAUGACCAUGAGAAACAGAUGCAGCCCGAUCCAUGUCCUGGGAAUACUUCAGUAAUGACUUACCUUAAAAAGUUAGAAAUGGAUCAUGUUUUGAUAGAUGCUGAGCUUCAGUUCUCAAAUAAAGACGGAGAGUUACAAAUGCUAAAUCAAGCCUAUGAAAAGUUUGCUGGUGAGGGAACUAAAAUAAACCAUAUAUUCUCAGAAGAACGGGCAUCAGCAUCCAGAGUAUUACCAACCUUACUGAAGCAAGAUGCAGAAACAGCUAGUGAUUCUGGGACUUUAAUAGAUGAAGAAAACAAGUUGGAUGAGACUGUUUAUAUUCCAUUGACUAGCAGUGCCUCUAAAAAACAGCUUGUCUCUGAGAGAACUAAUGCACUACCUCAUAUGAGAGGAGCUUGUAAAAUGUUGGACUACAACUGUGAGCUCUCAAACUCCGUGCAACAAAAUAGAAGUGAAGUGUCAAAGGAUCCAACUAUUCUAGAUACAUUUAGUGCUGGGUACAGCAUGAAAAAGGCAAUGGAAAGCACACUUGAAAUAACAGGGGAUAAAGUGAAGUCGGGAGACAAAGUCCAAGUGAGGCCGAAAGGCGCUUUGAGUGGAGUUACGAAAGACGUCCCAGACAAACCAGGCCAACUUCAGCCUCAUGUUCCAAUGCUAUUUCAGAAAGAGAUCUCUCAGAAAAAAGGCAGUGAAGUAGGUGAUGUCAGUUUUAUUUCAUUUGAUGAUAUAUCAGGGAAAUCUGAAUGGAGUGUAUCUUCUUUCUCAACAUUUACUUCUCGAGAUGAAGAGGACUUUAAGAAUGGCUUAGCAGCAUUGGAUGCCAAUAUAGCUAGGUUACAAAGAACUCUGCAAAAUAGCAUUAUGAAACAGCAAGUGUGAGGAAACAAAUUAGGAUGUGCUUGCUCAGAUAAUUAAAAUUUUUUUGAGGUAUAUUUGUACGGUACUGAUAUUUGUAUUUUUUGUGUAAAUGGAGCUCCUAUUUGUUUUAAUUAUGAAUGGGAUUUGUUCCUCAAGUCAUGGUGUUGCUUCCCUUGAUGUGUGCAACUUCAAAUAGUUAUAAAUUCCUUUUUAAAAAUUGAUGACUUAACGUUAUACUCUUAAACUGCAAAAUUAAUUCCUAGCACAGCGUUUGAUAACUCUUGAUGAAACUGUUGUGCUUUUGGCAAUGUUUUUUCUA